AUGAAAAUUUUGACCAGUAUGAAAACUCACUUUAAUAUUGUGGGUAGUUGUAAUGGGCUUUUGUGCCUUUCUGACGACCUGUGGGGUUAUAGGGACCAUUACUAUAUUUGGAAUCCAUCCAUCAAAAAGUCAGUAAAACUCCCCGAACCAAUUUUUAUUUUCAGAACACAUGGUCCCUUUGAUCAUACACUAGGGUUUGGGUUUGAUAGUGUUACUAAUGACUACGAGGUGGUAAGAAUAGUACAUACUGGAUUUUCUACUGAUAAGGUACCACCUGAUGUUGAGGUUUUUAAACUAAGCACUGGUGUUUGGCAGGACAUUACUCCUGUUUCUCCAUCUUGUCUGUUUGUUCCGAAGACACCAGGGUUCUACAUGAAUGGGGCUUGCCAUUGGGUUGCUUCUAAACGGAAAGGAGGGGAGAGUCAAAAUAUGAUUGUGCUGUUUGAUGUGCAUGGGGAGACAUUCUGGGAGAUGAUGGUACCGGAUAGUUUAGUUAGGAAGUUUAGUGGUUUUUUUUGUGAGGGAUUUGUCCUUUUUGUCUCAAAUGGGUCACUUUGUUUGGCUGAUAGUUCCUCUGGAAAUGACAAAACAAUUGAUAUUUGGAUGAUAAAAGAGUAUGGUGACCCAGAAUCAUGGGUGAAACAGUUCAGCAUCAGUUCAAGGGACAUAUCAUUCAAUGUUGGUGUUGUUGAUGAAAUUUUCUCCUUGUUUAAUGGUGGUCGUCAGCGUCAGGUUGCUCAUUUCUUGGUGAAGCCUAUAGCUUCAAGGGAAAAUGGUAAAAUUUUGUGGAGAGCGGACAACGGACUCUUGGUUUCGUAUGAUCCUGUAGCUGAAAAAAUUAAGAAUCUGGGCAUUCAUAAUGCUAACUGUUUAACUUAUCGGAAUGCACUUUAUGUUAAUACUUACAAAAUGAGCCUUAUUUUACUUGGUAAACUGACAGAUAAUUCUGCUGGUGACACUUGUGAAGAUUUAUCCAGUUUAUGCAAGAAGGAGGCUAAAGGUGGGAGGAAAUUUCAUAAAGGAAACACUAAAAGAGGUCUGCGUGUUGUGUCUCCCUUGCACAUCAGUCGACUGAUGUACAUGUCCAGAAUGAAAGCAAAGAGGCUGCGCAUGAUAAAAUGA